AAGCGACCGACCAUCAGUUGGUUAACGGGAUCAGUGACGUCAGACGCAAAGCUCCGGGCCUGCUGCUGAAGCGUGAGGCCCACUCGAAUUCCGUUUGGAGGCUUCUUGGAGCUCGCAGAGUAGACAUGAGCAAAGCACACCCUCCCGAGUUGAAGAAAUUUAUGGACAAGAAGUUAUCAUUGAAAUUAAAUGGUGGCAGACAUGUCCAAGGAAUAUUGCGGGGAUUUGAUCCCUUUAUGAAUCUUGUGAUAGAUGAAUGUGUGGAGAUGGCAACUAGUGGACAACAGAACAAUAUUGGAAUGGUGUGUUCUUUUCAAAUUCAUUUUUUCUUAGGUAAUACGAGGAAAUAGUAUCAUCAUGUUAGAAGCCUUGGAACGAGUAUGAACAAUGGCUGUGUUCACCAGAGAAAUCAACGCUUCCAUGUGUCCCCUCUCCACAUUUUACUACCAGAAAAAUUGGGUUGUGUACAUUUUCUUACUUUUUUGUUAAAUAAACUUUUGUAAUAGCCAAAAA